AUGGAUUCCGGUCUGAGAGAAAGAGAACACUAUCUUGCUUUAAAAGUGAUGCGGUUGACUAAACCAUCUGUGUACACCAAUGUACCAGUCCACUGCGAGCAGCAAGACCUUCCAGGAACAGUGUUUAAGGACUCGCAUGAUGCAAACAUUGCAACUAUCAAGAAUGCAUACAACUUUGCUCUAGGAGAUCUGUUAGUGUUGCCCCAAACGUUUGGGAAUAUUUUUCUUGGGGAAACAUUUUCAAGUUAUGUCAGUGUUCACAAUGACAGUAACCAGACAGUGAAAGAUAUCGUCAUCAAGACGGAUUUACAGACAUCUUCUCAACGACUGACUUUGUCUGGAGCUGCAAAUAUGCCAGUUACAAAACUAGAUCCACAACAGAGCUUUGAUCAGGUGAUACACCAUGAGGUGAAGGAGCUGGGAACUCACAUACUUGUUUGUGCUGUCAGUUACUCUACAACUGCUGGYGAGAAAAUGUAUUUUAGAAAGUUUUUCAAAUUUCAGGUUUUAAAGCCAUUAGAUGUGAAAACAAAGUUCUACAAUGGAGAGGAUGAUAGUCUGUUCUUAGAAGCACAAGUACAGAAUAUAACAUCAAGUCCUAUGGUGAUGGARUCUGUAAGACUAGAACCAUCUCUUGCUUAUAAUGUAGCUGAUCUUAAUUUAGUAGAAAAUAACACAAAUAGUGAAGAAUCAUCAACAGAGAAUGUAUUUGGUCGUGGUUCGUUCCUUCCACCCAGUGAUACUAGGCAGUACCUGUAUAUGUUAACACCAAAAGCACCAUUUGAACGAAAUCCAAAGUCUGCUUCUGUAGUUGGCAAGUUAGACAUUGUAUGGCGAACGUCAUUUGGUGAGCGAGGAAGACUUCAAACAAGUCAGUUAACUAGAGUGAUGCCUGUACCAGCGGACAUCAAACUGACAGUCAGUAAGAUUCCUGACGCUGUUCCUGUAGAAACACGAUUUUCUGUGGAGUUUAAACUGAAUAAUACAUGUGAUCGUAAAAUGGACUUGCAGCUGUUCAUGACGAAAAGCAAAGACGGCGCCAUGAUGUGGUGUGGUACAUCAGGAAAGAAYCUCGGUGCACUCGUCCCAGGAUCGAGCUUAGAUCUCAAUCUUAAUCUAUUACCMCUGGCAGCAGGAUUACAGAGUGUCAGCGGACUGCGAGUGGUGGACAGACUAUCAGGAAGGACUUAUGAGUUCGACAACAUGGCAUCAGUAUUUGUUUAUUCUUCAAUUAAAUCACCAUUUAGSACUACUGAUAAUAUUGUAUUACAAACGAUAGAAUAGCCCACUUUCACUAUGACGUCACAAUCAAGACCAGAAUGCUUUGCACWMUUUUSGGCUUUUCGUAAUUUUAGCAACUGAUGACGUACURUCAUCCCCAAAACGAACAAAAAUCUAUUUUAAGAAUGACYUGAAAUGAGCAAAGUAUUGUUGUCUUGGUAGUAUUAUGACUCCUUGAAUAUACAAAAUGUAAAAAGCUGAUUAUAUAUAAAAAGAUCURAAUAUUAAAGAUUAUACAACUGA